AUGGUAACAGCAGCUGUCAUUGGAGGAGGAGCCUCGGGAGCAAUUACCGUGGAUACGCUCCGCAAACAAGGCAUCGAAACGACCGUGUUUGAACGACGAGACAUUCUGGGAGGAGUAUGGGUGUACGACUCUGAUCCUGGCCCGCUGACAGUGGUGCCCGGAAGAACAGGAGAACAGUCUGAUCUGGUGUCCAACACUCCGGAUUUCGAAGGAAUUGAGCCUGGAGAAUCCAUCAACACUUCCCCGGGAGAAUACAACCGGCAGACGUUUGAAAACCCCCACCGAUACGAGCCCACUCCCACCUUCGAGUCUCUGUCGACAAACGUGCCUGAACGAGUCAUGACCUACUCGGACAAACCAAAGUGGGACUGGAAAGAAAAUGGAGUCUACACGUAUCCUCUGCAGACCCGAUUUGUGCACCACUCGACGAUCCAACGGUACAUUGAGCAGUAUUUCCAGCCCAACAUUGAUGUGGUCAAGUUCUCAACCACAGUUGAGAAGGCUUCCAAGACCAAAGAUGGAAAAUGGACCUUGACUACUCGGACCCGAUCUGCCACGGAGGAUGUCUGGGCCCAGACCAAGUACGAUCAUUUGGUUGUUGCAACUGGCCACUACCAUGUUCCUUUCAUCCCGGACGUGCCGGGCAUUCAAUUGGCCUACCGACUCUACCCCAACCGAAUUGUCCACUCCAAGCACUUUCGGGAGUCAAACUUGGAUCUGUUCAAGGACAAAACUGUCGUGAUAGUGGGCUCCCGGGCUUCAGGAGCAGAUCUCGUGUCGCUACUGGCACCCAUUGCGCAUCAGACGAUCCAGAGUGUACGAGCUACCAAAGGACCCAUCUUCAAAAAGUCUUUUGUCAACCAGGACAAGGUUGUUCGAGCGGGAGAAGUUGUGUCUUACGUGUGCAAAGACGGCGGUUUCAAUGUCGAGACUGCUGAUGGACAGUCCUUUUCUCCUGAUGUCGUCAUCUACUGUACAGGCUACCAGUACUCGUAUCCUUUUCUUCGAGACCAAGUUCCUGACUUGACAGAUGGAGUCUUUCUUCCAGACGUUUAUCUCCACACUUUUUACACCCCCGAUCCCUCUCUGGCCUUUGUGGGAGUCCCUGUUGACGCGGUUUCGUUCCGGGCUUUCGAGUACCAGGCGGUUUGGGUGGCACGGUACAUUUCGGGCCAGAUUGAGCUACCGUCAGUUGAUGAACAGCAGCUUUGGAACAAACGAAGGUUUGAAGAGCGUGGUUCGACUCGGUCUUACCACUCUUUGAGCUCCCUAGAAGCUGUUCAGGACUUCUUUGAUGCUCUGACCGAGCUUGGAGGAGGUGUCAAGGCCCAAAAGAAGGGAGGAAGAGACUUCCCCGUGUUUGGCAGACAAGAUAUCGACGAGCUCAAGGCUGCUGCUCCUGCCAGAUGGGUGGAAGAGCCCAACAAGGAGGCUGCAGAGGAGGAGUCUGAGACUUCUGAACUGGAUACCGGUGAUUCGGAGGGCCAUACAGACGACACAUCCGUGGACGGAGACGAAAAGUAG